AUCCCAAUCACAAUCGCCCGGUCCCGGCAGUUCCCAGUACCAGAUCUUAGUAGAUAACGUUGAAUUCUUUCUACAUUAGUUCACUAUUUAGGUCAUCUUGAUUGGAUUUUUUAUUUUACUUUUACAAUGGAUAUACCUAUUAGGCAUGGCUUCGCAGAUCUGAUUUUCUUUCUUUUUUUUCUCGAGUCCGUAUAUCGGUCAAGUCGUAUAUGUACUUAACCGCUUUAAUUCCCAAGGUUGACGAAGGUCCAGUAAUGUUAGCCACGGCUUAUUGUAUGGCUACCACCUGUCUUAAGUUUUUACGGGAAUAGCACUGAUAAGGGACACAUUCGCCGUAGAGAUCCGCGGGAAUAACCGCAAAAUCAAUAGCCGAACGGGGAAGAAUAAGUAGGAGGAUGGGUACAAAUUCGGUUUGGUAAAUCUUCUCCUAUCCCAUUUUUUAUUUACAAUGUCAUGUCUUGAUGUAAUUGUAAUAUCGUGGCAAUGAAUGAUAAUGAGAAACCGCCGACAACACCAAAGGAUCACCAUGAUAAGACACAAGAAGAUCGUUUCUCUAUAGAAGAGGAACUAGCACCCCAGUCUCAGUCUCUACGCCAAAGUAGUGAUCAUACUCAUACUCGUACUCAUACUCAAUCGAGAGAUUCAGACGACGAAGAAGACACACCCGGUUCUGAAGAUGGCGUUGAAGAUGAUGAUAAUAGGCCUCGAGACCUCGAGACGCUCUCUCGAGUGUCCAGUGGCCCACCUUAUACCGUUUUCUCGCCCUCCAUGAUACGGUGGAUAAUCUUUAUGAAUACCAUCUCAGCUUUCCUGUCACCCAUUACGGCCAACAUAUAUUUUCCGGCUAUUCCAGCUUUGUCGCGCGAUCUCGGUGUCACCGUUGGGCAGGUCAAUUUGACGCUGACGACUUACAUGAUCUUCCAAGGUUUGGCCCCGACGUUGUACGGUGAUUUAGCUGACGUCGCCGGAAGACGACCGGCCUUCAUCAUUGCUUUUACCAUCUAUCUUGGCGCCAACAUUGGAUUAGCUCUGCAACGCAAUUAUGCAGCGCUGCUCGUUCUCCGUAUGUUACAGAGUGGCGGAAGCAGUGGUACUCUUGCCCUCGUUUACGGGGUGGUUGCUGACAUCGCCCCGACCUCCAUUCGAGGAAAAUAUAUGGGUAUCGUCGGGGCGGGUUUGACGAUAGGCCCUUCCCUGGGUCCGCUUAUAGGCGGGCUGCUAGCGCAGUAUUUAGGAUGGGCAGCGAUAUUUUGGUUCUUAUGCAUUCUUGCCGUCGUGUGGAUGAUCCCUUACGUCUUGGCGGUGCCGGAGACGGGACGGAAAGUCGUAGGAAAUGGAUCCAUCCCGCCACAGGGCUGGAAUAUGACCCUUGUUGACUAUAUCCGGUUCAGGCGUCGCCCCGGGAACCUGUCGACGGGUCAGGUAAAGCAGAAGCUCCGAUUUCCAAACCCAUUCAACACACUUGCUGUUAUAGGUAAUAAGGAUAUGGCGAUGAUCCUCUUCUACAACGCUUCUCUCUAUAUAGGCUUCAUGAUUGUUACGUCCACUCUCGCCUCCCAGUUUGCCGAGAUUUAUCAUUAUAACGAUAUCCAGCUUGGAUUAUGUUAUUUACCGAUUGGUGGAGCGACUACAGUGGCGUCAAUCGGUAAUGGAUAUAUGAUAGAUUGGAAUUAUCGUCGUAUAGCUAAGAAGCUAGGCGUCAACAUUGACCGGAAACGUGGAAACGACCUCAAGGGAUUUCCCAUCGAAAAAGCCCGUCUUCAGCUGGUUUAUCCGCUCGUUUCUAUCGGAGCCGUGGCGUACAUCGGCUUCGGCUGGGCAUUGCACUACGAAGUCCACGUGGCCGUUCCUUUAGUGCUAUCCUUCUUUAUCGGGACAUGCGUCACCGGGCCUUUCCAAAUCAUCAAUGUUUUAAUUGUUGAUUUAUACCCCUCAGCUCCUGCAACGGCGACCGCUGCAAACAACUUAUGCCGAUGUUUAUCUGGUGCCGUAGCCGCGGCAGUUAUACAAUACAUAAUAGAUGCCUGGGGAAGGGGAUGGGCUUACACCUUUAUUGCGCUUAUCUUUACGUCACUUUCCCCGGCCCUUUGGGUUAUUCAGAAAUACGGACCUAAGUGGAGAGAAGAACGUAUAGAGAAGAUGAAGCAAGCCAUCGAGAAAAAGGAGGCGGAAACCAAAGCCAAAGCCACAGCCACAGCCAAAGAGAAAGGAAGUGCUGCAGUCGAGCAGAGCAACGAUGGUAUCCUUGCCGAGCCUCAAGUCUCAUCUAGAUAAACCUCAUCCUUGGUGUCUGGUUUAAACUAUAAACAUAUGCUAUAGGAGGCCUGUGCUUAUGGGAACAGGCUUCCAGACAUACAUUGCACGAGACGUAUAGCCAUAGAUUGCAUAAGGGUGAGAAGUAUAGAAUCGAAUGGCCUGUUUGUGUGAUGGUU